AUGGCAAAUGAGACUCUAGAUCCCGAGGCCGAAUACGGCCGGCUUGCAUUUGACGCCUUCGCGUUGGAGAAAUGGGAUUACUCAGCCCCUACCACCAGUGACCAGAAGCAAUGGGAGCAGCUGGUUUACAAAUAUCUUGCCCUCAAGCCACUGGAACGCUUUCCUUAUCAUGACUCUCCGCUUCAGGGCAGUGACAGAGGCGACCUGCCGUCAUCAGAACAGAUAAGGCGCGUUCUUGCGCCGCGCCAGACAUUGCAGGAGCGUAAAAUCAGCGCUCACACCGAGGUAGACGCGCAAGGCGUGCUCGACGACGCUAAUUUGUACGACUUUGGCCCCGACUGGUCUCGCAUUCUCGUCCGGAUCCCAGAACUUUGCGAUGUGCUCCGUGGCAGCGUUGAGGAUGAUUAUGUGCGUUGCAUCAGACAGGAAGGCGAAGCUGAGGACGAGAUGGAUCUGAUAGAUAUCCGUGUUGUGACACGACUUUACAUCGCGGACGAUCAAGCUUUACGUGAAGGAAGGGUCAAGAUCUUCUGGCUAGAUUCGCACGGCAACUGCGUCUGGCACAACAAGAUCAAACCUAGCAGCCUGAUGGAAUUUACAGGGGCCAUGUUUGAUGCGCCGACACUUUGUGAUGCGCUAUCCUGGGUUGAGGGUGAUCCUGAGGGGUCCAAAUUUGAAAAGGGGGCAGAGCUUCUCUUCCCGUGAUUCUGGUUAUAAGUACACGCAACCAGGUCCCUGUAUUUAAGCCACACUGGUGUCUAUUAAUGUAUCCUCCUCUAACCG